AUGGCGGACAGAUUCCCGUCUUUGGACGACUUUGAUUCUGGUGCUCAAACUGGAAUCCAAGAAGUUGGCUCGCCAUCCGCCGACGACUUCCUUGCUCGCGAACGCGCUCUCCUUGGUGAUGACGCCACACAAUUCACGACCGGCAACGAGUCUGCCGCCUUAGCGGACCCUUCUUCUGACGAUCUUCUUGGAAGUGGCGGCGAGAGCACCCAGUUUGAAAGCCAGUUCCCGGAUAUCAGCACAUCCAAUGAGCAAGUUGCUCCUGGAGGUACCAUCACCGGCCCAUCGGUCAGCUAUAACUCGGGUUUCAACGCAUACGCUGAGGAGGAAGAGGAGCCUGAGGUCAUCAAGCAGUGGCGCGAGAAGCGAGACGCCGACAACGCCAAGCGAGCCGAACAGUUUGCUGCUCAGAAGGCCGAGACGAUUAAGGAGGCGCAACAGAACAUCGACGACUUCUACGAGAACUACAACACUAAGAAAGAGAAGACUAUCGCACAGACCCGCAAGGAUGCAGAACAGUUCCUAGCAAGUCGAGACGAUACCACUUCUGGUGGUACAAGUUGGGAACGCAUUUCUAAGUUGGUUGAUGUAAGCGGUAAAGGUCAAAAGGGUGGUGCGAGUGGUUCGGGCAAAGAGCGAUUCCGUGAACUGUUGAUGAGUCUACGCAAGGACGAAAAGGCUCCCGGUGCUGAGGGAUACUAA